AUGAAACACCUUCAACCAUGGCGGGCUCUGCUGCUUUUAACAGUGCUGUGGCAACAAGGAAUUUCAGAAAAAUACGGUUGCCUGUUUGAGAGAAAACUGUGCACAAGGGAACAGUUCUGCUCAGAUGAUGGGCUGUUUGGCCAGUGUCGCAGCUCAAAACAGGACCAAGUCCAGUACCAAGUGUCCGUUCCUGUUUUGAAGAGGAUGCAGGAAGUCCUCAAACAGCUCAUGUUGCAAGGUCUUUCCUGGCAGGAUGACAUCACCCAGUAUAUUUUAUCGAAGGAGCUGAAGAGAGUUCCCCACACCACCCAAACGUCUAAGCCGAACUCAUCCUCUUCUCCCUCGUCUUAUUUGUCUCAAUCCAAACAGCACAGUCCACAUCACCACAGUUCUAAGUCAGGCUCCACACCUCCUGGUGGCAACUAUGUGGACUACAUGAUCGUCGAGCCUCCUCAGUCCCCACUACGUAUGCAAACAGCCUCUGUGGACCCAUACACAUACCACCAGCACAGGUACCAGGAUGAAGUAGAGAGAUCUCUCAUUGGAGCAGGAGCUGGUUACGCCCGCCCCUCUUCACGGUCCCAGGCCAAUCAGAGGGAGAGAGAGCGUGAUAGGCAGCUGCUGCAGGAAGCUUUGUCUCUGUACCUUGCAUCUGCCCAACCCUCUUAUCGGCACAGAGGGGCAGCUCCCAUGGCUCCUGCAGGUCUGCCUUAUUAUGAGGACCUGGAACUGGACAUACCAGUGGACUAUGUGGAAGAUUAUACCAUAGAGGAGAGACUUGGGACUGCCAGCAGACAACCAACUAUACAAAACAAGAAGCCUCCUCAGGAUUUUAGCUCUCUACCUGGAAACAAUGAUGGUUUGCUCCAGAGGAUGUCAGGAGUCUUGCAGAGAUACGGCAUCGACCCCAGGGAGCUGAGUCAGGAGCAGCUCUACAAACUGGCUCUCAUUCUGCAGCUGUUGCAGGCCCAAGACAAGACAGAUCCAUUCGAGAAAGACCUUGUUGCCCUUAAAGAGAUGCAGCUGUUAAAAUCGGACAGUGCGACAGGUAAACCAGAGAAGCCUGCUCCUGUUCCGGGUCCUCCUAACGCCCCCCCUGCUCCAUCGUCAGCCUCAGCUCCAGCUACGUCUCCUGUAAAAUCCGCUGGCCUUCCUCUGUCUGUUUCCCACCCCCCACAAGCCCCUCCAGCUGAAACUGGACAAGGUUUGAAGGAGGAGAAACCACCCCUAGUGGAGGGCACAGGAGCUAAGGAGGAGUAUGGGUACAUCGUCACCAACCAGAGUCCUCUGAGUUUGUAUGAUGGUGUCAAGCUGCUGGAACUACUGGCUGAUAAAAUACACCUGACAACCAGCAGCUUCAUCAACAUCAGUGUGGUAGGUCCUGCACUGACGUUUCGGAUCCGUCAAAAUGAACACAACAUGACUGCAGCAGAGGUGGCCGCCAAAGCAGUAUCUGAAAAGAACUUCCUGGAGUCGGAGACAGGUCUGAAGAUUGUCCAAACUGGCGUGGGAGAGAGGACGGAUGCACGGGGUCUCCCUCAGGUAACCAGGGUUUCCCAGGGAUCCAGUGGGACGGUCAUCACCCUUGUUUCCAUGGCAGUCGUCGGAGGAGUGCUGGUAUUGGCCAUGGCUGUUGCUUGUCUCAGGCAUUAUGUUCAGCAAGUGGCCAAUGGCAAGCUAGGUCUGGGGCCAGAGGGAGGAGCCGAAACACACUUUGACUACCAGGAGCUAUGUCGGCAGCACAUGGCAUCCAAAUCCUCCCUGUGCCGCCAGGACUGUGUGGGAGGCGUGAAUGGCAACAUGGCUGGAUCUGCGAUAGGAACAGGAGCUGGUGGGCGAAGGGGAACGGAUACGUCUCGUGUCAGUAGCGUUUCUUCACAGUUCAGUGACGGUCCACAGCACAGCCCGUCUUCUACCCACAGCUCCACCCCAUCGUGGAGCGAAGAGCCCGCCCAGUCGAACAUGGACAUUUCAACCGGUCAUAUGAUACUGGCGUACAUGGAGGAUCACCUGCGUAAUAAGGACCGCCUUCAGAAGGAGUGGGAGGCUUUGUGCUCCUACCAGGCCGAGCCCAGUUCAGUAGCGGUGGCUCAAGAUCCAGCAAAUAUGGACAAAAACAGACAAGCUGAAUCACUCCCUUAUGAUCACUCACGGGUGAAGCUGAAGACUGAGCUCAACUCUGCUAAACAGGAUUACAUCAACGCCAGCAUCAUAUUUGAUCACGAUCCUCGGCAGCCAGCGUAUAUCGCCACUCAGGGACCGCUGCCUCACACUGUGGCGGAUUUCUGGCAGAUGGUGUGGGAGAACGGCUGCACUGUGAUAGUGAUGAUGACGGCUCUGGUGGAGGAUGGAGAGAAACAGUGCGAGCGAUACUGGCCUGAUGAGGGUUCAUCACUCUACCACAUCUAUGAGGUGAAUCUGGUGUCAGAACAUAUCUGGUGUAAGGAUUUCCUGGUGCGUAGCUUCUACCUGAAGAACGUCCAAACACAGGAGACCAGAACUUUGACGCAGUUUCAUCUCCUGAGCUGGCCGGCUGACGGCAUCCCGACCUCGACGCGACCGCUGCUGGACUUCCGCAGGAAGGUGAAUAAAUGCUACAGAGGUCGAUCCUGCCCAAUCAUUGUUCACUGCAGCGACGGCACUGGCAGGACCGGCACAUACAUCCUCAUCGACAUGGUGUUGAACCGCAUGGCCAAAGGUGUAAAGGAGAUCGACAUCGCUGCCACAUUGGAGCACAUCAGAGACCAGAGACCUUCUUUAGUCCGUACAAAGGACCAGUUCGAGUUUGCGCUGACGGCAGUAGCUGAGGAGGUGAACGCCAUCCUGAAAGCUCUGCCACAGUGAGCUGCAGCACCCGAGGACACACUGUGGACACGCACAGGCACGCACAAACAAAAAAAAAACACACUCAUACGGACGCAGCUGUACAGUCCUGUCAUGUUACAUCUGACCAUUACUGUAAAUACGACUCUGUUGUCCCACACCUGAAGCAACCACAGCUCUUCCUUUCAGCAUGCAGUAUUUUUCCAUCGACUAAAUCA